UGACCUCCGUCCUCUCGUCUCAUUGGUCGGUUUAGCUGUCCGUCCCCGGCCCCGGGUUGACGGAACCGUAAAACCCCCACAAUACAAAGAUGGAGGACAACAUGUCUCAUCUGAGCCGACCGCAGAUGUUCUUGUUCGGUUGCACCCUCCGGUCGGACAAGAAGGAGUUCCGCGUGGAGGCGGAGGACGAGGACACGGAGCACCAGCUGUCACUUAAAGCGGUGUGUCUGGGGGCGGAGGCUGACGACGUGCCCCACACAGUGGAGUUGGAGGGGCUGACCUUCGACGGCAAGAAGACCAAAGUCCCUCUGGUGGUCCUGAAGCCCUCUGUCCUGCCCUCGGUGAGCCUUGGUGGGUUCGAGGUCACGCCCCCAGUCGUGUUCCGGCUGCAGUCGGGCUCAGGCCCCGUCCACAUCAGUGGACAGCACUUUGUGAUUGUAAAGGAGUCUGAUGACGAGGACGAGGAGGAGAACAACUCGUCGCCUGUGAAGAGGCCUUCCUCGCUGUCAUCUAGGAAACAGCCAACCUCCUCGAAAAAACUGAAGAUGGAGUCUGAUGAGGAUGAUGAUGAAGAAGACAGUGAUGAAGAUGAAGACGAUGAUGAUGAGGACGAUGAUGACAGUGAUGAAGAAGAGGUGAAGGUGCAGACAGUGAAGCCUCCAAAAAAGAACCAGGGGACACCCGUCAACAAGACCAAGAGCCCGGCCAAUCAGAACGUCUCCCAGGGGAAACCAGGAAGUGUGCUGGUCAAAGCCCAGAGCAAGAUCAUACAUGGAGGAGUGAGAGCUCAAUGCAUACAGAUGACGUGGUGGUAUGAACCCCCGAGGUGGACGAACAUGAGCUGCGUGUUGCUUCACGGCCCAUGUGCCGAGGAACGAGCCUCCCACCCCAGUGAUGGCCGGCGCCGCGGGGCCGUCCAAACCGGGGAUCGCCGAGAUCAAGAACAAGCUGGCCGCCGCCAUCAGAGAGGGGAAGGCCAUGCCCAAGACGGAGCAGAAGUUUGAGAACUUUGCCAAGAGUUCCUUCAGACUGUCGGACGCUACGGUGGUCAAGGACCUGUGGAGUUUCGUCCAGACACUGAAGGGGAAGAAGUAACCGGAAUCCAUCUUUGUGUUUUUCUUUUUAAAUAACGUUUGUUUUGGGUGCCCUUUAAAGGCGCAGUCUGUAUGCUCUCCUCUGCUUUAAAGGGCCCCUGUCUAAUUAACCUGGUGGGGGGACACGCCCACCUGUGACGCCCAGUCUGCUCAGAGUUCAGCCGUGCAAUAGGAGAUAUUGCAGAAUGUGCCUUUAAACGACUACUGCAGACUACUUCAGUAUCAGGGAACCCCAUGUUUUUAAUGUUAUGUUAAUGUUUGAAUACGCGGAUAUUCUAACUUUCCGAAGUUUGUUAUAUAUAUAUAUUUGUUAAAGUUCUGUUUUUCAGUACUAGUGUACUAAGGAAUUAAUGUAUAAUUUUACAUUGACUUCAUUUUCAUAAAAAAAAAAAAACAUGCUUUUGCAUUCUGUCCGAACAUUUCAACUUAGCGUUGCUCGCGGUCUCUUCUCCCUGAUUGGUCCGGACCGCUCGGCCCGUUGCUACGGCAACCUGUGUGUGUGUGUGUGUGUGUGUGUGUGUGUGUGUGUGUGUGUGUGUGUGUGUGUGUGUGUGUGUGUGUGUGUGUGUGUGUGUGUGUGUGUGUGUGUGUGUGUGUGUGU